AGCGAAAACAGGAAAUACGGUGCGAAGUCCCGCCUUUCUUGUUUCUGCAACAGCAGCAGCACGAAAAGCGGAAGCUGCGUGUGAUUCUCACCUCCGCUACUCUCAGUUCCUCGGUGAGUGAGAGAGCCAUUUCCGAAUUCCGAUCCAUCUUCACUGCUAACCAUGGUGAGAGCUUCAAAGAAAGCUUCGGCGGAGCAAAGUCAGAACCCGGAGGCUUUAGAGCGGAAGCGAUUGAAGAAGCUCGCAUUCUCCAACAACCAGCUGGCGGCGACUCCGGCCAACAACUAUGCGCCGCUCGCCCCCGCCAAGACUGUGGCGAAACACCACGGCAAGGACAUUCUGCGCAAGUCGCAGAGGAAGAACCGCUUUCUCUUCUCGUUUCCUGGUCUGAUGGCUCCAAUUACUGGGGGCAAAGUUGGCGAGCUCAAAGAUUUGGGGACUAAAAACCCUAUUCUCUACCUUGAUUUCCCUCAGGGUCGGAUGAAGUUGUUUGGAACCAUCAUCUACCCGAAGAACAGAUACUUAACUUUACAGUUCUCAAGGGGUGGGAAGAAUGUGAUGUGCGAGGACUACUUUGAUAACAUGAUUGUGUUUGCUGAUUCUUGGUGGAUUGGAACAAAAGAAGAGAACCCUGAAGAAUCCCGGCUUGAUUUUCCCAAGGAACUGAUUCAGCUGCAGAAAGUUGAAUAUGACUUUCAAGGUGGAGCUGGUGCUGAGCCAAUGAAUAAGAAGAUUGUUAAUACAAAUGAAGCAAAGCAUGCAGAAGAAGAUUCUUCAGAAUCUGAUAUUGAAAUGGAUGGUUCUGGUGCUAUGGAUUUGAAGGAAGUUACACCUAUACGGCAUUCUGAGCGAACUGCCCAAAAGAAAAUCAGGUACGUUGAGUUUUCUUCUGGCGGUGGUUCUGCAGAAGAUGACACUGGCCUAUCUAAGGAUGAAGAAGAAGAGGAAGAAGAGGAGGAAGAAGAAAGAAAAGAAUCUGAAGAAGUUGGAAUUUCUUCUCCAGUUCGACCAUCUGAAAAAUCAGAGUUGAAACCCAAUAAAUUAUCCAAGCCCACUGUUCCUGCAGCAAAGUCCAAUGAAGCCUCAUGCACUAAUCCUGGCUCACUAGUUCAAGUUACCCUAUCUACAUUAUUCAGCAAAAUGCAGGGGAAAAAAAGUGUGGAUGAGAAGGAUACUCCAAAGGAUUCACGGAAAACAUCAUCUUCAAAAGAGCAUAGAACUUCAAAAAGAAAGGCUGAUCUGGCUGAUGGAUCGAAGAAAAAGGGAAAAGUGACUCAAGUAGAAAAAUCAGGUUCAGGAUUGAAGGCGAAGAAAACAGUACAUGAGACUGAAGAAGACGAUAUUGAAGAAUUCUCGAGCUCCUCACAGGAUGAGGGAGGAAGUGAUGAAGAUUGGGAAGGCUGAGGAAUCAUAAAACAAGCGCUAUCAUCCUUGGAAUACCUGCAAUCUAAAAGUCUUCUAGUCUUCUUAAGGAAAGUGAACUUGCUCCUAUUUACACAGCAGAUGCGAAGUAAGUCAGCCAUCCCUGAUUACUUUCCAUGUAGACAAAGGCAUCAAAUCCCAGUUAAUGAAUCUCACAGCACGUGGCAGAGGGAAAUGAUUCGUGUUAACCUUCCUGUACACAUUGAGAAUACCAUCAUUGAGUUGUCUAUUCAUCAGUGCUCUUCCUAAGAUUUUCAGUGUCCAGUUUAUCAGUUGUAACAUGAAUGUUUCAGCAUUUGAUACAGACCGUUAAAAUGUUAAUAGAUGAGACAUUGCACUUGAAAUUGUGUGUUUGUCGUCACUAGGGUUAAACUAAACCCUUUUAGUAGGGAUGCGGAGAUAAAGCGACUCGAACUGUAUCAAUACAUCCAAUCUAACAAGCAACCUUUUGUACAAAU